AUGGCGGCGGCCGAGGAGCAGGGCGCCGCCGCCGCCGAGGGCGCGGCUGCUCCCCAGGGUGCGGAGGGCAGGGUGUCCCAGGCGCGGUACCACCAGAACCGGUCGUUCUCUCGCUCCGUGGGCAGCGGGGGCUUGAAGGAGCUCGGGGGCGGGCAGGUGGCCUCGCAGGGUGUGGAGGUGCGCCUCUCCGCCUGGGAGCGGUUCCUGGCGGGCGAGGUGGUGUGCAGCUGCUGCUCCUUCUGCCUCUUCCUGGCCCUGAUGCUGGUCCUGAGUGUGGCCGGCCUCUACGACGGGUUCCAGCUCAACGAGGCCGGCGGCUCGGUGCUGACCGACGACAUCGUGCAGCUCUAUGCGGCCGCCUGCGGCCGGUGCGACUCGGGACGUGCCGAGUCGAGUUUGAUCAGCACAGUCGAGUUUGAUUGGCAGGCGGUGGCGGACUACGCCGCGAAGCACCUCGAGGAGAACGGUUGCACCUCUGGAGAGGUCUUCGGCAGCCCAGUUUGCAACCCCAUGUGGGCGGCGGACGACGAGGGCGGCGAUCUGACAGACAGCUCCCAGCCCCGGGCUCUCGCGGGGAACGCCAUCCUCAUCAUUUUCGAGGCGACUGGGACGGAGUGCCCAGGAGACGAGUGCGACGCAAAGUCCAGCAACCUGCUGACCGAGCGCAACAUGAACGCGAUGAAGAGGUUCGAGGACAGGCUCUUCGGCUCGGUGGACUUCCAGGAGGACUACUGCCUCCUCUGGUACCCCGCGUCUGGCGGCGAGCCAGUCUGCACGCCUCCAACCCGGUCCAUGCUCGCCCAGCUGUAUGUCGACGGCCCAGAGGUGCCCGCGACCGUGAAGGAGAACUUCGACGCGGGAUUCGGCAACCCCCUGGGGGCGUGCAUGUGCUCCCUGACGGACGAGCCCUGCGCAAAGUGCGAGUCGCUGGCCGCCCAGGAGCAGGCGGUGGAUUGCAUGGCGUCCGCCCACGGCGACGCGACCCAGGCCUCCCUGGCCCACACGGUGGGCCAGGUCUGCUCCGCCCUGCAGGCCAGCAACCUCUCCUGCCAGUUCGCGGCCCCGUUCCUGUCUCCCGUCUGCUCCUCCCCCGCCUGGGACCACACCCGGCACGGGAGCGCACAGCCUCUGCGGGGCGGUGCUCUGCAGCGGCUCCUCGAGGCGGCCUGCAACCCGCACAACCCGCUCAUGUCGCCGCUGCGCAGGUUUGUCCUGCCCUCGUUCGCGUGCCAGGAUAGUUUUCUCGCCGAGCACGGCACGCCGUUCUUGAUGUCGAUCUGGCUGAUGGGGCACGAUGGCGAUAAUCAGGACGAGCUGGAGAACGAGUAUGCGAGCAAGCUGUGGAGCCUGUACCAGGAGGCCUCGGCGGAGACCAUAGCCGAAACGAACGGCGAGGUCAGGCCCAUGAUGUUCACGCAGUUCACGGCCCUUAAGUCGAUGGAGAGCCUGCUCAUCCACGAUGUCGCCCUGGCCGUCGGUUCGUUCCUCGUCGUGUUCCUCUACAUGUGGUUCACGACCGAGUCUUUUUUCCUCUCGAGCAUGGGGAUGUUCCAGGUGGUGAUGUCCUGCCCACCGGCCUUCCUUGUCUGGAAGGUGCUCUGCUGGGCCAUGCCGGGGACCCCAGGCGCGAUGUUCUCUCAGGGGGACAUCGGCGACCGCUUCUUCAUCCUGGCCGAGGGCAGGGUCGGCGCCUAUAUGCAGGGCGACGAGGGCGAGAAGGAGGUGUCGGUGGUCAUCCGGAGUCCCAGCGCCGCCCGUGUUCGCGACAUCGAGAGGCGCACCGUCCGCCGGACCCCGCGCGACGGAGGCGUGGUGCCGUGGGCUUUUCCGGACAGCCCCGGGGCGCUCUUCCGUUCGGCGCUGGCGCCAUCGGUCCUCGGCUUCGCUGCACUGCGCAGAGGACCCUAG